AGCAGAUGGAGUGUGGGAGCUGUGGGUUUGCCUUGCAUAGGGAACAGGACUCCCUGGGCCUGGAAGGGAAAAGGCAGCCUGGCUGGAGUCAGUACAGAAGACUGGCAGGUUUGGCAGGGAAGGUAGGAGUUGGUGAGGGCAGGGCAUUGCCCACUAGAUCCAUGAACCUUGGAAUUGCAACCCAGCCAGGGGCAGUGGGUGUAUACAUGGGGCAAGGGAAGGAAGGAGCAUAGUUUUUAGACUCACUGACACCUGGGUUUAAAUCCCAGCUAAUGCUGCUGGUGAUUAACCUCUGUAAAAUGAGGAUAACUGAAUCCACCUCUAUAGGCUGUGAGGUGAAGUCAAUGUAGAGUAGUUCCUUAGUACUCAGGGAGUGUUCUUUUCUCCCUGUCCUGGUCCCUACCCCAGCUGCCUCCCUGACAUCUUCUGUCUGUGGGAGUCCUCUCUCCCAUCUGCCAGUCUCACCCUCCUUUGUGCUUCUCCAGCUCAUUUCUGGCAUCAGUAACCCCGUCUUCCCUCUAGUCCAACCCUCAAGUUAGCUUUGGUUCAGGAUUGUUCACCCCUCCAAUUGCUCGAUUUCAAACCAUAUCCAGAUCCCCUCACUUCAUUUUCUGCUUGAAGGGAAGCAGGAGGAGAAGGACUGGGAACAGGGGAAGAGUGUCUGAACACUCUGUGGCCAUGGGGAGAUGGGUGUCUGCAUGUGGGUAUGUCCCUUUCUGUAGCACCCGGCCCUCCCUUUACCCUCUCUACCCCACCCUCCCAGCCUGCAAUGUGACUAUCCACAACCGCUGUAAAGACACCCUGGCCAACUGUACCAAGGUCAAGCAGAAGCAACAGAAAGCUGCUCUGUUGAAGAACAACACUGCUUUGCAGUCUGUUUCUCUUCGCAGUAAGACAACCACCCGGGAGCGGCCUACGUCUGCUAUCUACCCCUCCGACAGCUUCCGGCAGUCUCUCCUUGGCUCCCGCCGUGGCCGCUCCUCUUUGUCUUUAGCCAAGAGUGUUUCCACCACCAACAUUGCUGGACAUUUCAAUGAUGAGUCUCCCCUGGGGCUGCGGCGGAUCCUCUCCCAGUCCACAGACUCCCUCAACAUGCGGAACAGAACCCUGUCAGUGGAAUCCCUUAUUGAUGAAGGUGCAGAGGUAAUCUACAAUGAGCUAAUGAGUGACUUUGAGAUGGAUGAGAAAGAUUUUGCAGCUGAUUCCUGGAGUCUUGCUGUGGAUAGCAGCUUCCUACAGCAGCAUAAAAAGGAGGUGAUGAAGCAGCAGGAUGUUAUCUAUGAGCUAAUCCAGACAGAGCUGCACCAUGUGAGGAUGAAGAUCAUGACUCGCCUCUUCCGCACUGGGAUGCUGGAAGAGCUGCAGUUGGAGCCAGGAGUGGUCCAGGGCCUAUUCCCCUGUGUGGAUGAGCUCAGUGACAUCCAUACACGCUUCCUCAGCCAACUGUUAGAGCGCCGACGCCAGGCCCUGUGCCCUGGCAGCACCCGGAACUUUGUCAUCCAUCGCUUGGGUGACCUGCUCAUCAGCCAGUUCUCAGGUCCCAGUGCAGAGCAGAUGCGUAAGACCUACUCGGAGUUCUGCAGCCGCCACACCAAGGCCUUAAAACUCUAUAAGGAACUGUAUGCCCGAGACAAACGCUUCCAGCAGUUCAUCCGGAAAGUGACCCGUUCAGCUGUCCUGAAGCGGCAUGGUGUGCAGGAGUGCAUUUUGCUGGUGACUCAACGCAUCACCAAGUACCCGGUGCUUAUCAACCGUAUCCUGCAGCAUUCUCAUGGGAUUGAGGAAGAGCGCCAGGACCUGACAGCAGCACUGGGGCUGGUGAAGGAGUUGCUGUCCAAUGUGGACCAGGAUGUGCACGAGCUGGAGAAAGGGGCUCGCUUGCAGGAGAUCUACAACCGCAUGGACCCGCGGGCCCAGGCCCCUGUGCCUGGCAAGGGUCCCUUUGGCCGAGAGGAGCUUCUGCGGCGCAGACUCAUCCAUGAUGGCUGCCUGCUCUGGAAGACAGCAACGGGUCGCUUCAAAGAUGUGCUGAUGCUGCUCAUGACGGAUGUGCUGGUAUUUCUCCAGGAGAAGGACCAGAAGUAUAUCUUUCCUGCCCUGGAUAAGCCUUCGGUGAUAUCACUGCAGAAUUUGAUUGUAAGGGACAUUGCUAAUCAGGAGAAAGGGAUGUUUCUGAUCAGCGCAGCCCCUCCUGAGAUGUAUGAAGUGCACACAGCAUCCCGGGAUGACCGGAGCACCUGGAUCCGUGUCAUUCAGCAGAGUGUGCGCAUGCCCAUCCAGGAGGACUUCCCCCUGAUUGAGACAGAGGAUGAGGCUUACCUGAGGCGGAUCAAGAUGGAACUGCAACAGAAGGACCGGGCACUGGUGGAGUUGCUGCAGGAGAAGGUCGGGUUGUUUGCUGAAAUGACCCACUUCCAGGCAGAAGAGGAUGGCGGCAGUGGAGUGCCCUUGCCCACACUCCCCAGGGGACUUUUCCGCUCUGAGUCCCUGGAGUGCCCUCGUGGCGAGCGACUUUUGCAGGAUGCCAUCCGUGAGGUGGAAGGACUGAAAGACCUGCUGGUGGGGCCUGGAGUGGAGCUGCUCUUGACAUCCCGAGAACCAGCCUUGCCCUUGGAACCAGACAGUGGUGGUAACACGAGUCCUGGGGUCACUGCCAAUGGAGAGACCAGAUCCUUCAAUGGCUCCAUUGAGCUCUGCAGAGCUGACUCAGACUCCAGUCAGAAGGAUCGAAAUGGAAACCAGCUGAGAUCCCCCCAGGAGGAGGUGUUACAGCGAUUGGUCAAUCUCUAUGGACUUCUUCAUGGCCUGCAGGCGGCUGUGGCCCAACAGGACACUCUGAUGGAAGCCCGGUUUCCUGAGGGCCCUGAGCGGCGGGAGAAGCUGACCCGAGCCAAUUCUAGAGAUGGCGAGGGCAGCAGGGCUGGGGCUGCCCCUGUGGCUCCUGAAAAGCAGGCCACAGAGCUGGCGCUACUACAGCGGCAACAUGCACUGCUGCAAGAGGAGCUGCGGCGCUGCCGGCGACUGGGCGAAGAGCGGGCAACUGAGGCCGGCAGCCUGGAAGCCCGGCUCCGGGAGAGCGAGCAGGCACGGGCUCUGCUGGAGCGGGAGGCUGAAGAGGCUCGAAGGCAGCUGGCCGCCUUGGGCCAGAAUGAGCCACUCCCAGCCGAGGCUCCCUGGGCCCGCAGGCCUCUGGAUCCUCGGAGGCGCAGCCUUCCUGCAGGCGAUGCCCUAUACUUGAGCUUCACACCCCCACAGUCCAGCCGAGGCCAUGACCGCCUGGAUCUGCCUGUGACUAUUCGCUCUGUCCACCGACCCUUUGAGGACCGGGAGAGGCAGGAGCUGGGUAGCCCUGACGAACGGCUUCAAGACAGCAGUGACCCUGACACAGGCAGUGAGGAGGAAGGUAGCAGCCGUUUGUCUCCACCCCACAGUCCACGAGACUUCACCCGAAUGCAGGACAUCCCGGAGGAGACAGAGAGCCGAGAUGGGGAGUCUGUCGCUUCAGAGAGCUAAGGAGGCCCCUCCCCCUCCACCAAGAGCCCCACUGAAGAACAUUACUAAGGGGGCAAACCUUGGGGACUCUAAUCUACCAAUGAUGAGGGAACAUUUGAAAGAACUGCUGAUUGUCCUUGCCAGCUCUUGGGAUCCUUGGAUACCUGGGGCCAUUUAGGAAGCUGGGGGAUCUAGGCCACAAUACCCCAUUGGUGGCAUCCAAAAGCUACACCACAGAUGCCAAUUUUUCAUGCCUUCUUCCCUCUAUUUUAGAAAAAUUUAUUUAUUUAUUGUUUAUUAGUUAUGGGGGAGAGAGGAGAUUUAAAGGACCAGAGACAUGGGAACCAAGCCAUAGGGAUCAGAGGGCCUUGUCCUUUAACACUACUGGGGUGUGUUUAGGUUUAGCCAUGCAGCCUGCUGGGUUCUAGCCUGACACCCUCCCCAGCAACAUGCAUCUUUAAAGAGGCUGCAACCACAGGACCAACCUACUGUCCCUUAGAGGAGGGCUGUGGGCAGGACCAUGUCCCUCUCCCCACUCCCCUUGCCCUCCUACUGCUGUUCUCCCUUCUCUCCAUCUUCCAUGGAAACCUCAGGGAGAUAACCUGACUUCCUAGAGUUGAUGGAAUAGAGGUUGGGGUGGCCAUAAUGGUUUGUUGGGGGUGAGGGAAAAACCCACAGGGACCAGAAUGUUUUGUUGUUUUCUUUUUUUUGUACCAAAGCCAACUGCACGUGUUUUAUAUUUUUAAGAGAAGAUUGUAGGCACUUAGAGAUCAUAGCCUUCUAUCUCCAUAUCUCUGAACUUGAGGAGUGGGGGAGAUAGUGACUACCCCCUUCAUCUGCAGUAAUGGGGCUCCUAUUCUGACCUCUUCCUCAGCCAUUUGGAAGAAGUUCUAGGGUGGGUUGGGAAAUCUCUAUGAACCCUAACCUCAUCUCCCACCUUGACAACCAUGACCUGAAACCUCAACGUGAAUUUGGGGGAUUUUUCAAUAGAACCCCCAUACCCACCAGCUCUGGCUAUUUUUCUGCCAAUUCGAUGUUAAAAAAAGAUCAAGCAGGAAAAAUUAAAGGCCUGAAACCCCAUGAGGUACUGUUUUGUACUGUCUGCCAGUUCUAGGUAAGGGUGUUGGUGAUGGUGGGGCAGGUAGUGACCUGUGUUUCUCUAAAGGAUACUUUAAUUCUUACCUGAAGGGCACCUCUACCUCAUUGAAAAGAUGGAGGCACUAAGAAUCAAAGCUGCUACAGAUCUUUUUUACAGAUUCAUAAAUACAAGGAUAAAGAUGAAGUGGUGCUGCGGUUUCAGUGACUGUUGGGGACUCUAAUAUUAGAAUUCAUUUGUAUGCUGUGUUUGCAAAUCAUGCCCUCCUCUUGCCCUUUUUCUUUUGGCAACAGUUCCUGUUACCCUCUCCCCAGUGCCAUUCAUUUUCAGAGUCAGCCCCCACCCUGCCCUAGUUCAUGUCCAGCAUCAGAGCCCUGGACUGACCACUCAUAGUUUCUGGUCAUUCUCUUUGCCUCUUGGAGAGAUUAACUGGUUUCAGUUCUUGAUUUGGGUUUGAUUAACUUCUUGUUUCUGGUGGGUCCCCUACACUUAGGCUGUGGGGGAGGAUUGGUAGUGAAAGCCUAGGGUUGUGUCCAUGCUGGUGUGCAUACACAUCUCCAUGCAACCUGUGGGGUAACAUGAGAAGAAUGGGGCUAGGGACCCAAGCUAGAAAGGAACUGAAAUUGCAUGGGGGUGGGACAGGCUUGGGAGAACAGCUGGCACUUUCACCAUCAUAGGCCUUACAAGUGCUCUUUCAUUCAUUGUGGGACUCCUAAGAAGUAAGAAUCGUUCUCAUUUUAUAUACUGGGUGCAAAAAAGUUGCCAGGCCAGGGUAGUCAAGCUAGGAAGGAGCCAGUCCUAGUUCCAGCCCCUGUACACCCCUCACUUGGCUAUUCUGCCUGAAAAUAUCAGGACUUCAAGUCUAAAAUGCACUGACACAGGGCUCAAGAACCCUAUUCCAUGUCAGCAUGAAGCAGCUAGAACCCAAACAUGUAAAGGUAAGAGUGGAAGAUUGACAGUGGAAGAAUGUUAGACAGCAUCCAAAAAACACCUAGAAAAGAGUAUGGUUCCCCAACAUUUCACCAAUCCAGAAGAGAAAUGGAAAAACCUGAAGACAUGCUAGAGCAUGAGUUUGGAGAAGGCCACAGCUCACUGGAGGGCAACACUGCUUUCUACCACUCCUUUACCAAAACCCCCUUUUGGUCUUCAGCCCCCAAAAUGGUGCCUAGGCAUUUCUCUGAUAUGCCUGUUCCUGGCAACCAGCCUCCUCCCAUCUUUCACUAAUUUUGUUCCUUGGCCCCUCCUAAUCCCAUGUUUGAGAACUCAGUCUGUCCCUCCUGCAGCAGUUUCAAAGUUCUGUGGCUUUGUGCUCCAGGGAGCCAGGUCCAGUCCCUUCCCAAAGCAUUGCUUCUUAACAUUCUUAAGAGGAGCUCUGAGCCUGCCCUGCCAACCCUACCCAGCCCUCUUCCAUCACUGCACCUUCCUCUCCCUCUUCUGCCCCCCUCCAAAGGUAGGUCUACACGCAUUCACUCAUCUCUGUAAAUUUUGUCAAUAUUUACUUCUGCGUCCCAUAAAGCAGAGAUGCCCCCAGAAGAGCCAAUAUCCGGAGCUCAGCCAGGACAUAGGAGGAGGUGCUUGGAGUGGGGAAUGAAUACUUGGGUAGGGGAGGAUUUUCCAUCUUCCUGAAUUGCUGGGAACAGACCUGGAGUUUUGGAACCAGUUUAAACAUUAUCAGACAAAGGAAAUUAAACAUCAAGAGUAAUUAAAUCUCUUUCCCAUUGCUUAAUAUGUUGUGAAUUAGGCAGCUCUUCAGAGCUACUCAGCAACUGAGUUGGAAGGAGUGCCUGGAGGCAUUGGGGCCUCCCCUCCAGAGGGGGCGCUGCUGUUCCAGGACCUUGACUGGCCAGUGUUGUCCUGGCUGGUCACACUGGAUUACAAGGCUUGGUCCUAAAGGGAAUAGGUAGGCAAAGGAAGUGGGAGCUCUACCCCAUCUUCCCUCUUUUUCAAAUGCUGCCCCAAAAAAGCCUUUAUCACAGAUGUGUCUCAACCUGAAAAACAAAGGAGAGCCCUUUGCCCUGGAAGAACAUCUUCAGGAAUGGGGUGAGGGGCCAUUGUACUCCAUUCAGAGCAUGUGGAACCAUCCCAGACAAGACUUUCUUUUUUUUUUGUGGUGACACUGUGGUUUAAACUCAGGGCAUCAC